AUGAUCAUUCCAAUAAUAUCACAAAAUGUUUCUCGGAAAACUUCAUCUACAUGUUACGUAAAGAUCAAUAAUCCUCGUCCCGGAGAUCGUUUUAGUCCAGGUGAUGAAAUUAACGUGAAAUGGGAUUUAAUUGGCCUUGAAUGUCGAAAUUCAACGGAUGAUUUGGUGUCAUUAUAUCAGAUAAACGCGAUUUUAUUCGCUAAUUUAACCAGAAAAGAUGAAUGGAAGUGGGACUAUCAUUUGAAUUUAUAUCAAGAAACAAAUACCAACAUUACCUCAUUUACAUAUCCUAUACAAAUGAUACUUUCACCAAAUAUUCGUCAUUCAAGUUUAUUUUUCUUGGAUAUUGAAUUAACUUUUACAAAAAAUCCUCCGGGGUUAAUCUUUGACGUUAUGGGACCAUUCACAAUAUUACCUAUCCCAGAAACACAACUGUCAAAUGAAACCGAUAAUGGUCAAAAUGCACAAGAAGUUUUUUCAAACUUUAAAGGAAAUUUGUCUAUGGCUUCAAAAUCAAUCAGAAUAGGUUGGAUUUUUAACGUUAUUUUUGUCAUAUUUACACUGAUGAACGUGUAG